UUAAAGGAAAAAAAGAAGAAGAGAUUUUCAUAGACAGCCCUAUCACUAGAAGGAAAAAGUUGCAGGGGCAAACUGUAACUUAAGCCGAGUCAACUUGAUCUUUUAUAAUCAAGCAGACGACAUUUUAUUUUUUCGUACCUAUGAAUAACUUUCCGAUGUUUGUCUGUUGAUUUUACUCUUUUUCUAUGGCUAUCUCUGCAGUUAUUAGUCUGUACCAUCUUAGCACUACUUGUACUAUACGCAGCAAUACAUCCCUCUCCAUUUGGAAUCCAAUAACACAUCGUCUUAAUUUCGCGACAGAAUUCCAAUCCAAAUACCAAUCCCCUGUAACUUGUCGCCGAAUCAGAUACCGUGGCUUUAAAUUCCCGCAUUCUGCAUUAGAUACAAAUAAUAGCAAGAAUUUGAAGUUCUUGCAGAAUUUUCGAAAUUGGUGGUAUUUGUCUGAUUCUAAGGAAGUAGAGAGUAGUAGUAAUGGAAAGAAUUCAAUGACAGUUUUGGAAGCUCUUCUUCGAAUGUUGAAAUUGAUUGGAAAUGAGAAAUGGAUAAUGUUUGUGGCAUUUGGUUCCUUAAUUACGGCUGCUAUUUCAGAGAUAACAAUGCCAAGUAUAUUGGCAGAGUCUAUCUUUUCUGCACAGAAUUGUCACGCCAUGGCUUUCUCUAGAAAUGCACAGCUUUUGGGCUUUUUGUGCUUGAUUUCAGGAAUAAGUAGUGGCUUAAGAAGUGUGUCUUUUGCAGUUGCUAAUAUAAUUCUGGUCAAGCGUCUUAGAGAAACUUUAUAUUCAGCUCUUAUUUUUCAGGAUAUAAACUUCUUUGAUUCAGAAGAAGUUGGUGGUUUGACAAGCAGGCUAGGGUCGGAUUGUCAGCGACUUUCACAUGUUAUUGGAAAUGAUAUCCAUUUGAUAGUACGCAAUGUACUUCAGGGGACCGGUGCUAUGAUCAAUUUAUUGUGUUUAUCUUGGCCUCUUGCAUUGUCAUCCAUUCUCAUAUGCUGUCUUCUGGCUGCUACCUUUCUAGUUUAUGGGUGGUAUCAGAAGAAAGCUGCCAAGUUGACUCAAGAUUUCACUGCUCAUGCCAAUGAGGCUGCAGAAGAGACACUCUCCCUGAUAAGAACUGUCCGGGUUUAUGGAACAGAGAGAAAAGAAUUUAGAAGGUACAAGCACUGGUUGCAGAAAUUAGCUUUUAUAAGUUAUCGAGAAAGUGCAGCUUAUGGAUUAUGGACUAUGAUUUUCCACGGCCUUUACCGUGCAACUCAGGUUUUUGCAGUGUUGUUAGGAGGAAUGUCUGUUAUGAGUGGACAUGUAUCAACUGAACAACUCACAAAGUAUAUAUUAUACUGUGAGUGGCUAAUUUAUGCAACCUGGAGGGUGGUGGACAAUAUCUCAUCACUGUUGCAGGCAAUUGGAGCAAGUGAAAAAGUAUUCCAGUUAAUGCAACUCUCACCCAGCAGCCAAUUCCUGUCCAAAGGUGAGAAAUUGCCGAGGCUAAUGGGACAAGUUCAUUUUGUAGAUGUAACUUUUCACUAUCCUUCAAGGCCAACAGUACCCAUCCUAGAACACGUCCAUCUUUUGUUAGAAGCAAAUGAAGUGGUUGCACUGGUUGGACUUAGUGGUAGUGGAAAAACCACACUAGUUAAUCUCUUGCUUCGUCUGUAUGAGCCAAGCAAUGGUCAGAUCUAUAUUGACGGUUUUCCUCUCAGAGAGUUGGAUAUGAGGUGCCUUAAAGAAAAUAUAGGAUAUGUUGAACAGGAGCCACAGCUCUUCCGUACUGAUAUCAAGUCAAACAUAACAUAUGGAUGCUAUCGAGAUGUUAAAAUGGAAGACAUAGAAUAUGCUGCAAAGCUGGCCGAUGCCCAUGAAUUCAUUUCUUCUCUACCCUUUGGUUAUGAAACUCUUGUGGAUAAUGAGUUGCUGAGUGGUGGACAGAAGCAGCGAAUUGCUUUUGCUAGAGCCAUUCUUAGAAAUCCUGCUAUUCUGAUUCUUGAUGAAGCUACUAGUGCUCUGGAUUCAGAAAGUGAACACUAUAUCAAGGGGAUUCUUUAUGCGUUCAAAACUGAUGAAAAGACGAAGAGAACUGUCAUUGUCAUUACACAUAGGCUAUCUACCAUAAAAACUGCUGAUAGGAUCAUUGUAAUGGAUGGUGGUCGAGUUGUGGAGGAGGCAUGAUGGAACACAGACGAAACUGAACUGCCUAAAUUCUUUAAAUGUUAUUUAUUCUCGGACCUUUUUUCCUUUUCUGGUGUCGCCCUCUGUUUUCAUCUCUUGAGCAUCCUUAACCUGUCAUUGUGCCACCUACUCAACCUAAGCUUUAUCAUACAUUCACUUGAAAAUGGAGGAAGUACAUCAUGUAGGACGGAUUUGUUAGAGAAGUAGUCAGGAUACAACCAUUGGCUUCCUGCACCAUUUGUGAAUGGAGGAAAUACAUGAUGCAGGAUGGAUUUUUUGAGAAGUGGUCAGGAUACAACCAUUGGCUUCCUGCACCAUUUGUGAAUGGAGGAAAUAUAUGAUGUAGAAUGGAUUUGUUUGAGAAGUGGUCAGGAUACAACUAUUGGCUUUCUGCAUUAGGAAAUCGCUGCCUAGCCCUUUGCUGCUACUAGCCUGUGAACAAUUUUAUUUCUAGAUCUUAUUCAUUUACCAGGAAUGGAAUUCUUAGACUGCUCUGCAAGGCUACAAGUCCCUUUAUAACAUGAAUUUACUUGUAUGACUUUA